AUGUUUUCCUGAUAAGUACAUUUCAUUUAAAGUUAAACAGCUUUCUCUAUCUGUGCACAGAGUGUUGUAUGUUUGUACUUUGGUGAGGGAAUCAUUUGAAAUAGCGCUUUUGAAACAUGUUAAAGGGCGGAGCUCUGAACAACUCAAUGUCUGUGUCUUGACUUACUUUACUUGAAGCAUGUUUGACAUCACAUACAGGAACAGGAUAAGUGACAUCAAACACCCCUCCUCUUUGCCCUAUUGUUCUCUUUUCUACUGCUCUCUUCAAAAUUACGGACACUUCAAAGCCACAGUCAUACGCACAACGAUGAACCAAGGGCUGAUAAAAACUUUCCUUCUCUGCAGACUCAGUUGGAUCUCUGUCUCAGGUUCUGAGUCUCAGACUGUGGAGGUCCAGUCUGGUGAUGAUGUCACACUGAUGUGCUCCGGCAUGGACGAAAUAGUAAGAGUCAGAUAUUGGCUGAAAGUUGUCAAAGGAACCAACAUCCAGUGUGUCUCUACUAUGGCCAGUCAUAUCAGUGAAGUGACAUAUCGUGAUGGAUACAGUAAUCAUAAAUUCACUAUGUGGUCCAACACCUCUACUAUCUUUCUCAAAGUCCGUUCAGUGGAAUUAAACGACUCUGGAAUUUAUUACUGUGGAUUUAACAAAGAUGGACGUCCAUUUCUUACUACGAUACAUCUAAAGAUCAAAGGCAGCAGUGACGCUCAUAACAGCAUGAACAACAACUCUACAAGUAAUAUUCUCCAAAAGUUUUCUUUAUUCAACAGACUUCUGACAUUUUAAAUCCUUCAUGUUAAAAAGCUAGCUGAAUUUGGAGUCUCCAAAAGGAAAACAGAGUCUGAAGCAAUGAUCUGUCUCUGUAGAAGAGUCUAAUGGAACAGCAACUAAAGACCUAAGCUUCUUUAAAUAUG